CAUCAGCCUUCUCGCGUAGCGACUGGCAUUCUGGCAACAAGUAGCACAAGCUAGCGCUUCGCUUAUCGGCCACACCGCGCCGAGCUCUUCUUCUGGUGUCUUGGGCUCAUGGAGAGGCACGCUGCUGCGGCUAGAGUUCACCGCGUCCUUCUCGCUCUGGCGGUGGUGUUCCUGCUCGCUGCCGUGAGCGAUGGCAUCAGACCAGCUCCUGCAGGUGAUACGAAACUGGAGCAUGGGGCGACGACGGCGGAGAUGACCAUACCUGCGAUGCAGGGCGGCGGCGGCGGGGACAGCAAGGACCUGCUGCUGCGGGAGGAGGUGCGCGCGACGGGGUCGAGCCUCCCGGACUGCUCGCACGCGUGCGGGGCGUGCUCGCCGUGCAGCCGCGUCAUGGUCAGCUUCAAGUGCUCCGUCGCUGAGCCGCUGCCCUGCCCCAUGGUCUACCGCUGCAUGUGCAGGGGCAAGUGCUACCCGGUGCCGUCCAGCUGAGAUGCUGACCGUGACCGAUAGAGAGAGCUCGCAGUGCACGCGUGUGGAUCGAGCACUGAAUUUGUAUGCCAAAGGGAUCGUCGGCGGAGCAGUUUGUGCGUUGCCGUCCGAGCAACGUCCGGGACGGUUUUGUAAAUGAUGAUGGCCGAUUAUGAGUCAUUAGAUAGCUAGCUAGUAGGAGUACGUGUAGUAGAGAGAUCUCCGAUCAGCCAGUAAUUUUUGGGAUGCCGGUGUGCCUCAGUGCAGUUGUUGUACCGUUGGGGUAGUAGGUUGGAGACACGCCAAGGAAUAUGUGCUCCCUUUAGUUGAUCUAUCUAUCAGGGUUUGUCGUGCUAAUUAUAUGCAAAUCUUGGAUUGGAUGACACAUCAGGGUGGAAAAGGAGGUAGUAGUGACUGAUGUUGCAGGAUUUCUUGGGUUACCCUAUUGUGUGGAUUAAGCAUGGCAGCUACUGUUUUUUAAA